CGCUGCCGUUCUCCCACUCUCGCCUGGCCUGACAUGACCUGACCUUAUCCACCGCCCCGACGCGACGACUGGCCGCGAGCGACGCAGCCGCAUACCGCGCGCGUGAGCCCCCUUCCCCUCUCCCCACCACCCCGCCCCUGUUCCCCGGAAGCGCGCGAGCUGCCGCCGGAAUCAGCAGGCCGCGAAGAUGGUGGCCGCCUUCGCCGUCACUCCCUCCUCGUCCAUAUGCGGCGUCUGCGUCCCGACGGCGUGCCGUCCGGAGGCGCGGGGCAUAGUGCCGGCGCCGAGGUUCUUCCAUAACCGGAACCAAGCGAACACACGGUCUGCAACAGCUUGGUCCUUGAAGGCCGGUCUAUGGGACUCUCUCAAAUCUGGGUUUUUAAAAACUAGCAAUAGUACAGAGACAGUAGAGCCACUAUCCACAGCACUUGAAGAAGAAGAAAUUGUACCUGAGGAAUUAGUGCUCCUAGAAAGGACACUCCCUGACGGUAGCACAGAACAGAUCUUAUUUUCUUCAGCUGGUGAUAUUGAUGUAUAUGAUCUCCAGGCCUUAUGUGACAAGGUAGGAUGGCCACGCAGACCUCUAACAAAAAUAGCAGCAUCCUUAAGAAACAGCUACUUGGUCGCUACACUACAUUCAAUAACUAGGUCUUCGGAAACAGAGGGAGAAGAGAGGAAGCAACUGAUUGGUAUGGCGCGGGCAACUUCAGACCAUGCGUUCAAUGCUACAAUCUGGGACGUCCUUGUUGAUCCUUCCUAUCAGGGUCAAGGUCUUGGUAAAACACUCAUGGAGAAAGUGAUCCGUACUCUGCUCCAGAGGGACAUCAGCAACAUCACACUAUUUGCGGACAGUAAAGUGGUGGACUUCUACAAGAACAUGGGGUUCGAAGCCGACCCCCAGGGCAUCAAGGGCAUGUUCUGGUACCCCAGAGUUUAGUAGCUCCGGUGGCGGCCCGGGCGCCCGCCUGGUCUCCGCCCGACGACCGGCGCAGUCUGCUCCAGUGCAGAAGAAUAUUGGCAGGAGCUGAGCUGUGUAUAACAGCGACUCGAGUGGCCGAUGGCCAUUUGCAACGUCUGGUGCCACCGGCUCUCAGGUCCUGUUGGUCUGUAUGUAACUGCUAGGAAGUAAAGUAUCCCUGUUCUCGUACUGCGAAGGAGACGGCCACACCCAACAUUAUUAUACCGUGGAAGUCAAGAGAUUGGUCUUCCUCCAAUCAACAUGUCCAGGUCCA